AUGACUGAACUGACUUUCACCAAAGUGAUUUACUUUGAUUCUCAUUUUUAGUGGCAUAGCGCCAGCACUAAACCUCAGUAGCUAGCAUAGCGCCGCCAGCACUAAACCUCAGUAGCUAGCAUAGCGCCAGCACUAAACCUCAGUAGCUAGCAUAGCGCCAGCACUAAACCUCAGUAGCUAGCAUAGUGCCAGCACUAAACCUCAGUAGCUAGCAUAGCGGCAGCACUAAACCUCAGUAGCUGGCAUAGCGCCGCCAGAACUAAACCUCAGUAGCUAGCAUAGCGCCAGUACUAAACCUCAGUAGCUAGCAUAGCGCCAUCAGUAGCUAGCCUGCUGCUGGCAGUUACUGUGAGCCUGGGAAUGCCUUCUAGAAAUGUUAACGUGAUUAGCGCGCUAGCCUGGGUAAACCUGGGCUGAAUGGGCUGUGAUGCUGUCUGAGGGAAGGCUGUGACGCCCGUCUGCUAGGUGUGUGCGUGUAGGAAGCCACCCAACGCCGUUGCUAUUAUGCUACUUCAACGGUAUGUAAAUCUCUGCUAGCUUAGCGGCCGGCUAUGGGCUAGGUGAGCGCAGGAACACAGAGAAGCUAAUCCGUCUGACUUCACACACCGGCCGCAUUCCAAUAGAAUCCCCUCCCCUGGGCACCACAGCCCCGCAGUUCCUGACCCUGUUCAAACUUUGAACUGGCAUUAAUUACACACAGGUGGUUUGUGACGGUGAACUCUAUGUUUGGAGUGGUUCUGACAGAGCUCUGUGUUGCGGAGGGAGGAUACUGUUUUCAGACUACGGAGAUAGCCGUAGAGCUCUCUCUGCAGCAGCAGCAGUGUGAACGAGCAGGAGAUGGAUUCCUUUAAUGAGCUGAAGCCACACAGGAGCCGGUUCACUGCUGGACAGGAUCUCUUUAACGACAUAACUGCUUUAGCGCUAGCCCGACAAGCUUAACGUCAAACAUGGGGAAUGAUGAGGAGGCGCUGGUGGACCUGGGGAAGACCAGCUCCACGCUUCACACCAACUUCGAGAAGGAGGAGCUGGAGAGUCACAGGGCCGUCUAUGUGGGCGUGCACGUGCCCAUGGGUCGGCAGAGCAGGAGGAGACACCGUCACCGCGGCAACAAGCAUCACAGGAAGAGACGAGAGCGCAGCUCCGACCACGAGGACGCGGAGUCACCGAGCAACGACACGCCGUCCCAGAGGGUGCAGUUCAUCCUGGGGAUGGACGACGAUGACGAGGAGCACGUCCCCCACGACCUGUUCACCGAGCUGGACGAGCUGGCCUUCAGGGACGGCCAGGGCCAGGAGUGGAAGGAGACCGCCAGGUGGCUGAAGUUCGAGGAGGACGUUGAGGACGGGGGCGAGCGCUGGAGUACCUACGUGGCCACGCUGUCGCUGCACAGCCUGUUCGAGCUGCGCUCCUGCAUCACCAACGGCACCGUGCGGCUGGACAUGAGGGCCGGCACGCUGGAGGAGAUCGCAGACAUGGUGAUUGACAGCAUGCUAGCGUCGGGGCAGCUGGAGGCGGGGGUGGAGCACAAGGUGAAGGAGGCCAUGUUGAAGCGCCACCACCACCAGAACGAGAAGAAGCUGAGCAACCGCAUUCCCCUCGUGCGCUCCUUCGCCGACAUCGGCAAGAGGCAGUGACCCCACCUGCUGGAGCGCAACGGUCUGCUGGCGUCGCCCCAGUCGGCCCCCGGGAACCUGGACCAAAGCAAGGUCCUGGAGGGCCGCGGUACCCCAGGAGGAGGAGGAGGGAGCAGAGAGAACAGCACUGUGGACUUCAGCAAGGUCGAUAUGAACUUCAUGAAGAAGAUCCCCCCCGGGGCAGAGGCCUCCAACGUCCUGGUCGGGGAGGUGGACUUCCUGGACCGACCAAUCAUAGCCUUCGUCAGGCUGUCCCCGGCCGUCCUGCUGACCGGCCUCACAGAGGUCCCGGUCCCCACCAGGUUCCUCUUCCUGCUCCUGGGGCCGUUCGGGAAGGGCCCACAGUACCACGAGAUCGGGCGCUCCAUCGCCACGCUGAUGACAGACGAGAUCUUCCAUGACGUGGCCUACCGGGCUAAGGACCGCUCUGACCUGCUGUCGGGGGUCGAUGAGUUCCUGGACCAGGUGACGGUGCUGCCCCCCGGGGAGUGGGACCCCAGCAUCCGCAUCCAGCCCCCCAAGACCAUCCCCUCCCAGGAGAAAAGGAAGAUGCCCGCCCUGCCCAAUGGCUCCUCCCACUACUCUGACAUCAUCAAGGAGGCGGAGCAUCAGACCGGGCCCGAGCUACAGAGGACUGGGAGGUUGUUUGGCGGUCUGGUGGCGGACGUGUGUCGUAAGGCCCCCUUCCUGGUCAGCGACCUGCGCGACGCGCUCAGCCUGCAGUGCCUGGCCUCGGUCCUCUUCCUCUACUGCGCCUGCAUGUCCCCCGUCAUCACCUUUGGGGGGCUGCUGGGCGAGGCCACGCACGGGAACAUCAGUGCGAUUGAGUCUCUGUUCGGGGCGUCGCUGACGGGCGUGGCCUACUCGCUGUUCGCCGGGCAGCCCCUCACCAUCCUGGGCAGCACCGGGCCCGUCCUGGUCUUUGAGAAGAUCCUCUUCAAGUUCUGCAGUGACUACGAGCUGUGCUACCUCUCGCUGCGGACCAGCAUCGGGCUGUGGACCGCGCUGCUCUGCCUGCUGCUCGUCGCCACGGACGCCAGCUCGCUGGUGCGCUACAUCACGCGCUUCACCGAGGAGGCCUUCGCCGCGCUCAUCUGCAUCAUCUUCAUCUACGAGGCGCUGGAGAAGCUGGGGCACCUGGGGAAACUGUACCCGGUCAACACACACGCCGCCCUGGGCAACGCCACCGACGACACGUGCCGGUGUUCCGUUGAGGCCAACUCCUCCCAGCCGGCCUCCCGGGGGUGGAACAGCAGCGAGGUCCUCUCCCUGGGCGCCCUGGACGAGCAGGAGUGUUUGAGGCAGGGGGGGAGGUUCUCCUGCCGCUACGUCCCUGACGUCCUCUUCUGGUCCAUCAUCCUCUUCUUCACCACCUUCUUCCUCUCCGCUUUCCUCAAGCAGUUCAAGACCAGUCGCUACUUCCCCACCAAGGUGCGUUCAAGCAUCAGUGACUUCGCCGUGUUCCUCACCAUCCUGAUCAUGGUGCUGCUGGACUACCUGGUGGGGAUCCCCUCCCCCAAACUCAACGUCCCCGAGCGCUUCGAGCCCACCUCUAAGAGCCGGGGCUGGCUGAUCUCCCCCCUGGGUCCCAACCCCUGGUGGACGGUGCUGGCGGCCGCCGUCCCCGCGCUGCUCUGCACCAUCCUGAUCUUCAUGGACCAGCAGAUCACCGCCGUCAUCAUCAACCGCAAGGAGAACAAGCUCAAGAAGGGCUGUGGCUACCACCUGGACCUGCUGGUGGUGGCGGUGAUGCUGGGCGUGUGCUCCAUCAUGGGCCUGCCGUGGUUCGUGGCGGCCACGGUGCUCUCCAUCUCCCACGUCAACAGCCUGAAGCUGGAGUCGGAGUGCUCCGCCCCCGGGGAGCAGCCGCGCUUCCUGGGCAUCAGGGAGCAGCGCGUCACCGGCCUGCUCAUCUUCCUGCUCAUGGGCUGCUCCGUCUUCAUGACCCCCGUGCUCAGGUUCAUCCCCAUGCCGGUGCUCUACGGGGUCUUCCUGUACAUGGGGGUCUCCUCUCUGAAGGGCAUCCAGCUGUUCGACCGUAUCAAGCUGUUCGGGAUGCCCGCUAAGCACCAGCCCGACCUCAUCUACCUGCGCUACGUGCCGCUGUGGAAGGUGCACCUGUUCACCCUGGUGCAGCUCACCUGCCUCACGCUGCUGUGGAUCACCAAGGCCUCCGCCGCCGCCGUGGUCUUCCCCAUGAUGGUCUUGGCGCUGGUGUUCAUCCGGAAGCUUCUGGACUUCUGCUUCACUAAGAGAGAGCUGAGCUGGCUGGACGACCUCAUCCCCGAGAGCCGCAAGAAGAGGGAGGACGACAAGAAGAAGAGGGAGAAGGAGGAGGUGAAGAGGCUACUGCAGUCUUCUGAGGACCUGACCAAGUCCCUUAAAGGAGGCGCCGACCCCUCCGUGGUGAACAUCUCCGACGAGAUGUCCAAGACCAGCCUGUGGAAGGCCCUCUCCUCCAGGGCCGAGAGCGGCCGCGGCCCCAAGGCCAGCCCCCGCAGGCCGGAGGUCCCGCCCAGCGUCCGGGUCACCGUGGAGGAUGAGGAGCCGGUGGUGAGCUCCGAGACCUCCAUGUGACGGGGGUCCACAGACCACCUCACCGUCCACCGCAGAGAGGCCUCCGACAGUCAGAGAGAGGGAGACUGGGGGGGAGGAGGAGGAGGAGGGACUGAGGAAGAGGAAGAGGGACUGAGGAGGAGGAGGAGGGAAUGAGGAGGAGGAGGAGGGACUGAAGGUCGUGCUUCAUCCUCCGUCUGUAAACCUGCAGCCCUGAAGACAAUGUUUCUGCCGCUGUGCUGUGUGACGGACAGCUGCCCACACACUCCGAAGCCCCUCCCACCUGUAUGGUACACACACACACACACUGACCGACUGACUGACUGACUGACUGACUGACUCCUUCAUAAAGAAGUGAAGAUAUAUCUUUUUAAACCAAAGUCGUUUCACUAUUGCUGUUUUUUCUUUCCUUCAUGUUUUAAAGAAGACGUUUGUAAUGCCUCCUCAUCUCCUCUCCUAGGUUGUACUACCUAGAUGAACUCGACUAGAGAUACGAAGCUAGAUAGCUAGCGCGGUCGAGUGAUAUUAUCGUUUUAGUUACGUUCUGAAUCGCACUUACAGAUGAAUUGCCUUAUUUGUAGUUUACCAACCCAGCCUUGAAUACAUUACAAGCCUUAAUGCCUUCUGCUUGCUCUUAGCACUCAGGCACUGAACGAUUCUACGUUGAGAAUGGGUCCAUGUUUCACACGUGCACUAACGUGUUUUCAGUUUCGUAGCAGAAACAAAAAAACGUUGCCAUCAUAUGCAAAUUAAACCCUUAUUCUGAUGAGGCAUUUCAGUUAGAGAAAUGACCAUAGCAUAUCCCAGAUAAAAAUGAGAUUGAGACCACCUCGCUGUUAUUUUCAAUACAAAGGCCCCUGCCACCAAAGAAUGAAACUAUAUUUUGUUAAGAGGCAGUGAAGGGUUGAAGAAUAUUGUUGUUUGUAUUGAGUUCUCCUGAUAUCGAUGACCGUGAGGCUGUUCCCUCUGAGACCUACACACCUGUAGAUGGUACUGAAUGCUUUACGCCAAGUAAAGCAUUGGUGGCUCAUUUGACAAUUCUAUAAUAAUUACGUAAUAAUUUGAUAAUUAUUCAUGUUUGUUUUGCAGUUUUCCUAAUGAUUAUACAGUGUAUUCCUAUCGUUCCUUGUUUUGUUAAAGUCUUAAUUUAUGAAGAGAGGUCUUCUCGUUUAUUUGCUGUUGCAAGGGUUAGAAUUUGCGUCUGCAGUACAGUAGGAUUAUUCUGAAACAUUCUCUAUUGAUGUUGUCUAUGAAGGUGUUUCCUUUGAUUUUUUUUCAACUUUUAUAACUAAAUGUAUUGUGGUCUAACCAGGACCACGGGACGGUCCUAGUCCUCAGACUGAAUGAGACUACUGAAAGAUGGAAGACCUCUCUACACUGUCGGCAGAAUGACUUGACCUUUCCUCUCAGUAAGGUGUUAUUUAUGAAUUUGAACAAAAGUGAUGACUGCGGUUCAGAAAAUGUGAUUGUACAAAUGAAGAAUGGCCAGGCAUUUCUGGAAGGAGGUCAUUAGAAACGAAAAAAAGGAUUCUCGGAUCAUUCUAAACCUUCAACCGUUUUGUCACGUUUAAACCCAAUGAAAACAUGCCGGUUGGUUCAUCUACCAUAUUUACAGGUUUUUUUUUCCUUUUAUUCCAGCAGCAUUGACGUCAUUACGACACUGCUUUAUAGACAUCUGUACAGCCCUAAACACGUUAGUCACAUCAAACAAUAUCGUCAAAUUAAAUCAUAUUUUAUCAUAAAUAUAUUCGGUAGCUCCUAUGUCAAAUAAUAACUUUCCUGAUAAUUUACAAAUUCCAGAUAGCUUUCCCUUUUUGACAAUAACGGAAUACUUUCCAAUCGAGCUGAGUUGCUGUUUUAAUCUUCAGGUACUUUAGUGGGGUUCCCGACAGACUGUGACCAAAGAGAAGCGCUGGUGUCCUUUCUGUCUGCGGUGGCCCGAGUCCCCCACUAGAGGGAGCUCUGCACUCCCCCCAAAGAGCACGACAACUUCUGUCAACGUGUUAGAUUUGACUCAAUAUGCAGAUGACCAAUGGAGACACCCGGUUUGUAUUAACCUGGCUUUACACCAAUCACCUCAAUGACAUUCAUGAAGAAUUUUGAAGUCGUACUGAAUUUGUACUAUUUGUAGAACUUGUAAAAUGAUGCAAGGAGAGAUGUUUGUAUUCAAUCUUGUUUUUAUAAUAUAAAUUCUUUAAUGAUACAAUAAAGAUUAUAUUGUUAGAAAUUGUCUGUGUGAUUGGU